UCUGUGGGCUCGGUUGCAACCGUCAUGGCGCCCCAGGAUUCUGCCGUCGACCUCGAGACGCAGAUGUCCGCCAAAUCGAAAAUUCUCAAAGACUUGGUCGAGCGGAAAAACAUCCUCAAAGAGUUGUGUGAUACCGAGUAUUCGUAUCAACAAGACAUGAUAAUUCUGGAGGACAUAUAUAAAUCGACAUCGACUGGGAUCCUCAAUGACGCCGACCGGAAAGUUUUGUUCGGGAAUUCCGACCAGAUCCGCCUCUUUGCUACGAAAUUGCAAGACGCUUUGAAGCAAGCAGUUUCCUCAGUCUAUAUCAUGCCGCGACAAAAUCGUUGGAACGCGAAACGCGGCAGUUUCUCGACGUCAAGCAGUGCUACAAACGAGACAUCACUGGAUUCUGACGCCAGUCUGUCAAAGGACGAUCGGAUUGAAAUAGACCAGCGUACUAGAGUCGGUAACGCGUUUCUCGCCAACAUGGAGGAGAUUGAGCGCGUCUACAAUGUCUAUUUGCGCAACCAUACCGCGGCGAACAAUAAAUUGACCGAACUCAAGGCAGAACCCAAUGUCGAGGCUUGGAUGGAGGAGUGUCGAAAGAUGGCUGCCGAUUUGACGAGCGCGUGGAAUCUGGAUGCGCUGCUCGUCAAGCCAACGCAACGGAUCACCAAGUAUCCGCUCAUCCUGCGGAACUUGCUGCAGGUCACAGUCAAGGAACACCCGGAUUACGCCGACAUUGAAAAGUCGCUCCUGCAGUUGGAGGAACUGCUUCACAAAAUGAACGAUUCGAAGAAACGGGCCGAGCUCGUGGACCAAGCGAUGAGCCAGAACCGCAGGCGGAAGGAGUCCGAUAUUCGCCUCUUCCCCCAGAAGUUUGUCAAUCGUCGCGCCGAGAAAUUGAAGCAACAGGUGGGGCUUUCCAAUUCUGCGAUCGAUGCGGACUACGACAAACUGUCUCAGCGCUUUGGCGGGCAUUUCUUCCAGUUGCAGAUUGUGAUGAGGGAUGUUGAGAACUACAUCCGCGAAGUGCAAGCCUAUGUUUCUCGAUAUGGCCAUUUCCUCUCCGCGUCCGAACACUUCCUGGGCUUCGAUAUCCAAAAUCAGCAUCCCGAGGAGCAGAGUCACUUCGUCAUCUUCGCUCGAACGGUCCGGGAGGUCAUCGCCGUGGCACUCCCCGAACAUACGGCGAAGAUCCGCAAGUCCGUCAUCGAGCCGAUCCAGACCCUCUGGCAACUCCAUGAAAACCCUCAGCAAUUGAUGCGAAAACGAAAGAAGCGCGUCGUGGACUAUGCCAAAUGGAAUGCCAUGGUUGAGAGGGGCGAGGCGCCCGAUAAGAAGCUUCGGGAUGCCGCAGACCAAUUCAAAGCCAUCAACGAGACGCUGAAAGAUGAGUUGCCGAAGCUGUAUGAUUUGUCCAGCAAGCUUAUGAAGGUAUGCUUGGAAAAUUUCAUCGAGUUGCAGAAGCAAUGGCAGGACACAUGGAUGAGGAAAUUGGAACCGGCUGCUCGAGAGCCUCAGAUCACCGAUGAUUACAGCUCCGACAUGCUCGCACUUGAACGCGACUAUAAUGACAACUUCGCAUACGUGGACGAGCGAAUGCAAACUUUGGGAGUCCUGAAUGGCAAGACUCUUGAAGAG